ACAGCUCCUCGCCGGUCCUCCAGCCUGCCAGCGAGAAGAAAGAAAGAGCGUCCCCGGAAGCCAGCGAAACUCCAGGGUAGAGCGGCGCGCGUUUUCUCCUUUUCCGCGUCCCGCUCGGCGCCCGGCAUCUUCCGAGAGAGGGUCGUGGGCUCCCCCUCUGCUCCGGCGGCUCGCGGGAGCCACAGGAAGCUGCCGUGGGGAGCGCGAGGGCGUUGGGCUUCGAGCCUUUGGAUUGUACUGUCCCUGAGCACUGAAAUUCUCUAGUACAAUGACUCAAGCAGAAAUUAAGCUAUGUUCUUUGUUACUACAAGAGCAUUUUGGAGAGAUUGUAGAAAAAAUUGGAGUCCACCUAAUCAGAACUGGCAGCCAACCACUAAAAGUAAUUGCCCAUGACACAGGAACAUCGCUGGAUCAGGUGAAGAAAGCCCUUUGUGUCCUCAUCCAGCAUAACCUGGUGAUUUAUCAAGUGCACAAACGUGGUGUGGUAGAGUAUGAAGCCCAGUGCAGCCGGGUAUUGCAGAUGCUUAGGUAUCCCCGGUAUAUCUAUACUACCAAAACACUGUACAGUGACCCUGGAGAGCUGAUUGUUGAGGAGCUGCUGUUGAAUGGCAAACUAACAAUGUCAGCUGUCGUGAAGAAGGUGGCUGAUCGGCUCACAGAGACCAUGGAGGAUGGCAAGACCAUGGACUAUGCUGAGGUAUCGAACACAUUUGCGCGACUGGCAGACACACACUUUGUACAGCGUUGCCCCUUGGUACCUACGACUGACAAUUCAGACCCUGGUCCACCACCCCCUGCCCCCACACUUGUCAUUAAUGAAAAAGACAUGUACCUGGUUCCUAAAUUAAGCUUGAUAGGAAAAGGUAAAAGGAGGAGAUCAUCUGAUGAAGAUGCUGCUGGGGAGCCCAAGGCCAAGAGACCAAAACAUACCACAGAUAACAAAGAGCCCAUUCCAGAUGAUGGGAUUUAUUGGCAGGCCAACCUUGACAGAUUCCACCAACACUUCCGUGACCAAGCCAUUGUGAGUGCAGUUGCCAACAGGAUGGACCAGACAAGCAGUGAGAUCGUACGGACCAUGCUUCGGAUGAGUGAGAUUACUACUCCCUCUGGUGCCCCUUUCACCCAGCCAUUGUCUUCCAAUGAGAUCUUCAGAUCCCUACCUGUUGGCUAUAACAUCUCUAAGCAAGUUCUGGAUCAGUAUCUUACUCUGCUGGCAGAUGAUCCACUAGAGUUUGUUGGAAAGUCUGGCGACAGUGGUGGAGGAAUGUAUGUCAUCAACCUCCAUAAGGCAUUAGCAUCCCUAGCCACAGCCACCCUGGAGUCCGUUGUACAGGAGAGAUUUGGGUCUCGCUGUGCCAGAAUAUUUCGUCUAGUUUUACAAAAGAAACACCUAGAGCAGAAGCAGGUAGAAGAUUUUGCAAUGAUUCCUGCAAAGGAGGCAAAGGAUAUGCUAUAUAAGAUGCUCUCAGAAAAUUUCAUAUCACUCCAGGAAAUUCCCAAAACACCAGACCAUGCUCCAUCUAGGACUUUCUAUUUAUAUACUGUGAACAUCCUGUCAGCUGCCCGCAUGUUGUUGCACAGGUGCUACAAGAGCAUAGCCAACUUGAUAGAAAGGAGGCAAUUCGAAACCAAAGAGAACAAGCGUCUACUAGAAAAGUCUCAGAGGGUAGAAGCCAUCAUUGCAUCUAUGCAGGCCACAGGUGCAGAAGAGGCACAGCUACAAGAAAUAGAGGAGAUGAUCACAGCUCCUGAACGUCAGCAGCUAGAGACCCUGAAACGUAAUGUCAACAAGUUGGAUGCCAGUGAGAUCCAGGUGGAUGAAACCAUCUUCCUGCUGGAGUCAUACAUAGAGAGCACCAUGAAGAGACUAUGACAUAGAAGAGUCAUUUUCCUCAAAAGAUCUAGGGAGGUGGAAAGAAAAAUAAAGGAAGUGGCUGGGUGCAUUAUUUGCAGUGGGA